AUCACCGGCAUACGUUUCACCACACCCACCACCCCCUGUCCACCCAUCUCCCCCCGCAGCGUUUCCGCAAGAGGGUGCUCAGUAUGGACCGCCGGCGAAAGAAAAAGAGGAAGAAAAAGAAGACGUCCAUGCCCCCGUCAGAUGUCACGCCCACUAUUCAUGAGGUGGAUGAGGAGGAGGCGGAGUCUGAGACUGAGGGACAGUGCCAAGCAGCCACGCCUACUGAACCAUCUGAAGAGCUGCCACAGCUCAGUUUGGGAAGUGAGGAGGAUCUGGCAGCCGAUCUCCCUCUCACUAGCUUCUAUAUGGAGAGCGAGAGACCCCCGAGCAGUGAGGAGACCCCACCCAGCCACGCCGGAAUGGAGGAGCUGGAGGAAACACAAGAACGACCGGAUGGAGGAGAGGAGGAGGAGGUUUCCAACAG